AGUAGUACAUAUUUUCUCUAUUAAUCAUCUAUAUCACAAUGUAAGAACAAUAGGGAGACUUUAUGAUGUCACUUUCGGUGUGUCAACGUGACACAGCCAACUCCUUCAAUCACUGAAAAGAAACUGAUUGCAGGAGUGAAUAAGGGAGUCAUGCUACUUAGGUCAGAAAGAAACCUUUAAAGAAACUAAAGCAAAACCAAAACAGAAAUGACAAAUCUUUCUACAGGAACCAAGUGGAAGUGCAACAAUCAAGACACAGAGAAAGGGAAGUGGAGCCUUGCUUGAACAGCAGUUAAAUUUUUUUUGUGCAAACUCUGCUGCAAAAACACUUUCCCGACAUGGACCCCUCCAUCAAGAUCUUCCCUUCAGAAGCCCCCGAGGAGUUAGACGGCGGGACAACAGUGGCGUGUGUUAUACUGGGUCUUUCCUUCCUGGUUGGAGUUCCAGGGAACCUGCUAGUAAUCUGGACUAUCCUGAGGCAUGUCAAGCAGCGCUUUCACACUGUGGUCCUCAUCCUUCACCUGGCAGUGGCAGAUACGAUGGUCCUCAUCACUCUCCCUGCCUGGAUCUACUCCCUGGUGCACACUUUUGAGUUUGGAUUGGUAGUUUGCAAUAUCUUAAUCUGUGUUAUCACUGUGUGCAUGUUUAGCAGUAUUUUCUUCAUCACUAUUAUGAGCGUGGAACGCUAUCUAGCCAUCUGCCAUCCAUUUCUAAUGAUGCGCUGGAAGACUGAAAAGAAUAUGAAUGGAUGUAUUGCAUUUUUGUGGCUUCUUGCGCUUCUUCUUGGACUGUCUGAUGUUUUAACCAAGACCUUGGCUGGAAGCGAGCAAAACGAGCAGUGCUUCGUCAGAGACUUCAACAAUGAUACUCUAGAAAUUGUCUUCUUAUGCCUGCAGACGUUGCUGGGCUUUGUGCUGCCUUUCAUUACACUAAGCAUCUGUUACUGUCUUGUGGCUGCGCAGCUCAAGAAAAUGAAAUUUAAUUCAAAACAGAAAUCCAAAGUUCUCAUUCACACUGUAGUGCUUGUUUUCCUCCUGUGCUGGUUACCCUACCACGUUAUUAAUAUCAUUGAUGUCGUUUGCAUUUUGGGGACAGACACAGGGCAUGGGUGUGUACCAGAAAGUUUUGUCUUCAGCUCUGGUGCCCUGGUUUUUAUCAGCAGCUCAGUGAAUCCUGUAUUAUACGUCUUCUUCGCAAGGAACUUCAGAGGCAGUCUUGGAGAGUCUGGUCUGGUCAAACUGUUUCAGGAACUGGCCUCAAACACAAAUAGACUCAAGGACUUCGCAUUACAGCAGCAGAAGGACCAGAGAUCAGCAGAAACAGAGCUCACGUCUACAACUUUCAAAUAAAAAUGUUGUUGGGGGUAGAACUCCAGCUAUGGGAAAACUGGACUGAGAAGCGAAUGUUUUCUGUUGUACUGACACCAAAUGUGAUCUAAGAAGUUUGGCAUUAAUAUUGAGUUGCACUUCUCUUUACUAC